GUGGUGACUCGAGAGCUGCGCAUGACUCGGCGGGCCAUGGCGACGCGAUCGUCGGCGUCGCCGCCAACAAGCUCUUCAAGUUCAGGCGGCUGCCGUCUGCAGCCGUCGCCUGGGCUGCUGUGCGUAGCGGCGUCGCCCAGGGCCAUGGGCCUCUGGCGCCUUCGCCCUUCAUCCUCGAGCUCAGCGCCGACAACGUGCUGGGCGUGGCGGAGGGGGUCCUGGCCGUGUUCGACCCGCUCGGAGCGGCCCCCGCCGCCGCAGCGCUUGGCGCCCUGGCCUUGGCUGGCGCGGCCGCGCCCCCCGCGGGCGCCGCAGGGUCUGAUCCCCGCGUGCUGGCCACCGUCCUCGACGCGCGGGGGUUGCGGGACAUGCCUUUCAGGGGCGCUGUCAAGCGCCAGACCGAGACCCCCCGCGCCGACUGGCCCGUGAAGGGCCUAACGACCACGAUGCGGGUGCUCCACUUCAUGCUCCGCAUGGCGGGCGGGGCGACGGCAUGGCUCCACCGCUGGAUGGCCAUGAAGCAGGCCUCAGAGACGGACGACACCGACAGGCUGUACGAGACGCUGCGCCGUGUCAUCGAGACCUCGCUCUGCCACGACCAGCUGAUCAUCUGCGAGCUGUCUUCCUACGAGUUCCUAUCGCGGCAGCUGCUGAUGGUGGAGGGGCGCCUCUUUGAGGAGCGCGCGCGCAGGACUCACCCUGCGCCCAAGGCCAAGGGCCAGGCCAAGGGCGGCGCCGCGGCCGCGGCCGCCGACGUUUCCUCCGAGAUUGGCCACUUCCUCGGCACUGGAGAGACGAUGGGCAAUUUGUGCAUUUUCCCACCCGUAAUGGACUGGAUCGCUGAGCAGAUGAAGAGCGAGGCUGCCGUUGCGAAGGAACGCCGCAAGGUGACCAUCGCCAGCGUGACGUUUUUCCGCUUCCUCUUCUUCCAGUGGAUGGGCGUCGCCAUCUUCCGCUUGGUCGCGGGGCUCGUCUGCGCGCCGCCAAAGGCAGCCUCAGUGGACUACAUCGCGGGCUUGCACCGCGACUUCGAGCUGCCCGCCGCCUACUCGGAGAGAGGCCGCGAUUGCGAAGCAUCCCUCGUAGAGAUGCUCGCACAGGCACCUGGCUACGCUGGUGACAGCGGUCGAGUGCGCCCCUACAGCAUGCCGCUUGUGGCCUGGCCCGAGUCGACGAAGGCAGUCUCCACCUGCGGCGUCGUCUCCGAGGCCGACUCCAUCGUGCUGCAGGGUUGGAGGCAGAGUAUGCUGAAUCCCGAGUCGGUGGCGGCGGAGCUGCGCGAAUCGCUGGGGGUUAUCCGCCCCUAUGUCGAUCCUGAGCUGCGCUUUAAGCCGAAGUCCUACGCUGAGUUUUGGAAGCAGCUGGAGGCCCACGGCAUGAUCACCUGGCGGGUCUCCAGCGAACAGGCAUCCUUCUCUACUGGUCUCUUCUUCGCGCAGAAAUCAAACGGCAAGCUGAUGUUGGUGUUCGACACCAGGCUGGCCAACUGCAGUUUCUCGUGCCCACCGGCCACUCGUCUGCCCACGCCCAGCGCGUGGGCCAGCCGUGACUGCGACGACAGUUUUCAUUUCGCGCAGGGCGAAAUUCGGUGUGCUUUUUAUCAUUUACGACUGCCAGCUGGCAUGGGGUCGCUGUUCUCUCUGCCACCGAUAAACAACAGAUUCGUCGGCCUCAAGUCGGUCAACGGGGUUCGUCUCGGCAUCAACGACUGCGUCCAGCCUCUUGUCACGGUCGUUCCCAUGGGGUGGAGUUGGGCCCUUCACCUGUGCCAGAGUGCGCUGACGAGAGCCCUGUCGGAUGUCGGGUUCGGCCGUGACGAUAUGAUUCUGGAUGGGGGCUGCCCUCGGCCCUUGGUCGCUGAGAAGGACGCGGUGCGUGCAGGAUACGUUGGCAACUUCUGUGUCGUAUCCAAGUGUGCCGAGACAGCCACGUCCCUGGCGCGCGCCGUUGCUGACCUUCUCACGGCCCGCGGGUUGCCUGUCAUGGAAUUCCCCCCUGCGGUCAGUAAGGGGGUAUUCACGGGCUUGGAGAUCGACGGAGCCUCUGGGAUCAUUCGCGUUCGUCCUGGCCGCCUCGCUCGCACUCGUCAAGCCGUUCUCGGGCGUUUGAAGCGUGGGCGGGCCUCUGAUGGGGCCCUCAGCGCGCUCGUAGGCCACUGUACUUGGGGGAUGAUCCUGAGGCGCGACGUUCCGAGCAUCUUUAACGCGGUCUAUCGUCGAUUCAUGGGGGCUGUGGGACCUCAUCCUGGACCCCUGUGGCCCUCGGCCGUCAGGGAGUUGUCGGCUGCCGUGGCCCUCAUCCCGCUCUGGAGUGCCUCUACAAGGUCGGCCGGGUCGCCGAACGCUGGAGAUAUCGUCAUGGGGGUGCCGUGCUUGCCAGAUCACAUGCCCUUGACGUCGACGGUCGAGACGAUGCCGCCGACGGCCCCUGAGUCCAUCUACGGGGCCGAGGGUUGGAAGACCAUGCGCUCUAGCCGUCAUACCCGCCGUGGCUGCGAUAUCCUUCAGUACGAGGCGGAGGCCCUGGGGUUCAGCGCCCAUCAUGCCUCGAGGGCCCUGGGUGCUCAUCAUCAUCGCGUCGUCUGCAUCGUGGACAAUUUGGCUUUAGCUCUGUCGCUCGGCAAGGGGCGGUCUGGGAGCCGACAUCUUCUCCGCGCCCUGCGGCGGAUCGCUGGCGUGGCCCCCGCCCGCGGCCUGCGCCUGCUCGCGCGGCGGGUGCCGUCAGAGAGGAAUGUCGCGGACAAGCCGUCGAGGGACGGUUUCUUCGUCGGCCCUAGCUUCGAGGAGGUGAUCAAGGCUGCGAGGGCCAGGCGGGAACAUCCUGGUCCGCUGACGCUCCUGCGGGGCGGACUGUCGGUGCUGGAGGCCAGCGCGGUCUCGGAGUCGACGGGCAAGAACUACCACGCCUCCGCCCUCAGGUUUCUGAACUGGUGCCUCUGGACCGCCAGGGACUUCAAGAACAGCGUCGAGCUCGACGCGAUCCUCGCGGUGUUCUUCGUCCACCUCUUCCUCGACGGGUGCGACAGUGCGACGGGCCGCGUCACGAUGGCCUCUCUGAAGCACCAUCUGCCGUCGAUGCUGAUGGGCAGCCGCCCGCUGCCACGGGCCUUUCGGGCCCUUCAGGGUUGGACGAAGCUCGUGCCGCCGCAGAUGAGGCCGCCGCUGCCGAGGGUCGCGAUGUUCGCCAUCGUGGGCGCGCUGCUGUCUCAGGGGCUUUUGUCGCAGGCGGUCUUCGUGAGGAUCGCGUUCGACACGUACCUCCGCCCCAGCGAGGCCUACCGUCUCACGGCGGCCUCCCUGAUCGCGCCGAGGUCGGGCGCCGCGGAGGGCCACCAGCACCGGGCGCUGUUGGUGAACGACGCGGCGAGCGGGAGGCCUGGCAAGACGGGGGUCACCGACGAGAGCGUCAUCGUCGACGAUCCGCUCCCCUGGCCUCUCCUCGAGGCGCUUCGGCAAGGGCGCCGCGCGGAGGAGAGCCUCUGGGCCUUCACGCCGCACCAGCUGCGGCGCGCUUUCGCGGAGGCCCUGGUCCAGCUCGGGAUCUCCGACCAGCAGACCUCCCUCUACUCGCUGCGCCACGGGGGGGCCUCCGACGACCUCCUCUCGGGUCGCCGCGCGAGGAAGGAGGUCAAGGACCGCGGCAGGUGGAGGACGGACCAGUCUCUGAACAGGUACGCCAAGCGGGCGCGCAUGCAGCAGCGGCUGGGUCAGCUCGACCCCGCGCUGGUCGACUUCGGGCAGAAGGUCGAGAGCGAUCUGCUGGGCCUGAUGGGCGCGAUGGCGAGGACGGGCAUAUUCUCGCUGCCGCUGCCGCCCCUCAGGCCGGCGUCGGCGUCGGCGCCGGUGCAGGCGCCUCCCGCGAUGACCGACAAGUGGCUCUUCGUGCGAGGCGCCUGUGGCUACGUUCUGAAGGCUCUGACUGGCUGGGUGCGCGCCUCGGCUGCGCUCGGAGUCUGGGCGCCCUUGCCCUGGGACACCUGGGCGCCAGGGGCGUCGCGUGUCCGCAAGUUUGAUUCUCUGCUGCACGUGAAUA